AUGUCACUCUGGCGUUGGAGUAUAGCUGCAUAUGUGGCAUUGGUGUUGCUGCUGCUACUCCACUGUAGCAAUGCACUGGAUUCGAAUUCAUCCUCAUCGUCAGCACCACAAGUGAAUGUGGCAUCGGCUCGAUCCAAAGGUGGCUCUUUGGUCUCCAACAGCGAUGUUUAUAUAGCGCGCAAUCAGCGCGAGUGCUUUGAGACACGUAAUCUGGUCUCCUGCAUCAAGUAUAAGGCCUCCAGGCUCCUCUGGAAGCUGGCCACCAAUGGCAUGGGAUUCUUUCCCAAUGAAUACGAACGGACGCUGGGCGACAAGACGCCACGUUGGUUGAGUUUAGUGCAUCUGGGUGAACCGGCCGACGACAUUGUGGUAUUCAACGAUGCCAAGAGCAUGUCAGGAGACAGUGAACUGAUUAACAUUUUCAAGUUUCUGCAACGAGCUGUCGAAACAUUUGGACGCAAUCAUGGCCUCCAGCUGGCACUGCCCAAGGAAACGGGAGCCCGAAUUAUGGAUGAGGCGGAGCCCCGUUUAAAGAAGAAGAGAAAGUGGCUUGUCUUAUUACCGCUGAUAAUAUUGAUGAAAAUAGCGCACCUAAAAAUGACUCUGGUCACACUGCUGCUCGGGGUACUGGGCAUGAAUGUGCUGCUGGUGGGCGGCACUGCCUGGCUGAUACACUAUCUGAAAUACAAGACGAUGUGCAAGAUUCAUCCGCACUUGGUACAGUCGCAUUCGCAUGUCUACGACUCCGAUCCGGCGGACUAUUCCCAGUUCCUGGGCAGCAGCAGCUGGGCAGGAGGUGGCGGCGGUUACUCGCCAUCCAGUGUCCACGAGGUGAACGCCAAUGGAUACAGUAAGGAUUGGGCGACGAGUAAGGCAUAUCAUGGCUACAAUCAUUUGGACACAAUUAGUAAGCGAAUACAGUGA